GUUUUAUCAGUCUUUAGAGGUUCGAGUUCUUAAUUUAAAGUUAAUAUGCAGUUUAUGAAAGGUUUCUACCAAAGGAGGGAUUUUUCACAAAAGAUUUUGAACCUAUUCAGGACAAAUAGUUGUCCCUGAGGAGAAAAUUUAUGCAAUCUCUCUUUCUUUUCUUUUUUAUUUUAAUUCGUUUCUGUCGCUGCGCAGCAAGGUUGAAGAUGAGCUCAUGGUUGACCAAUGACGGGCUAAUGCUGUCUCAUAUUAGUGCAAUUAAUACAUAAAAUGGUGCGAUUACAGGUGGACUCCUCUUUUAAAAUGGCCUAUAAAUUAAGCACGUUCGUCUCAGGAUUAAUGACACGAUAUUAUUUUAUAUCGUCAUAUUCCCUCAUCGGUAACAAUUCCGUUUCUUUGUUAUACUAUAAUAGUUUAACAGAUCCACUCUUGUUGUUUUGAAGCAGAAAAAGUACAAAUUAUGAUCAGUAUUAAUUGCUACGCUACACUACCUAACAUAUUACAAGGGGGAAACAAACAACGUUACGGUAGUAGAAUAUAUAGGGGGUCGGUAUUCCAAACUCUUUAGAAAGGCAAUGUCUUUGUUACCUAAGACUUACGCAUUCUUUUUCAGGGAAUUAUUACUGCUUAUUGUGCUCCUCCUGUCUUCUAAUGCUCUAACUUAUGCUGCUCCUAAGUCUUCUCUUGUGAGACAACUCCCCGGUUUCAAUGGCACGUUCCCUUCAAAACAUUACUCCGGAUAUGUCAAACUAAAUACCAGCCCUUCAAAACACCUGUUUUAUUACUUCAUCGAAUCGGAAAGAAAUCCGACAAAGGAUCCUGUCGUACUGUGGCUAAAUGGUGGACCAGGUUGCUCGAGUUUCGACGGAUUUGUUUACGAACACGGACCCUUCAAGUUUGAGAAAGGAAAGAAAAAAGGUGAUUUUCCGAUCUUGUAUCCCAACCCUUAUAGCUGGUCUAAGGUCUCAAACAUCAUAUACUUGGAUUCGCCAUCCGGGGUCGGUUUUUCGUACCCUUGGCUUCCCUCGAGCGAUUCUCAGACGGCGAUCGAUUCACACGCUUUUCUCCUCAAAUGGUUUGAGCUGUAUCCAGAAUUUCAACCCAAUCGGUUUUACAUAAGCGGGGAAUCUUGGGCGGGCAUUUACGUGCCCGCCCUAGCAGCUGAAAUCGACAAAGGAUCAAGAAAUUAUAAUGAAGCUACACCUAGAAUCAACCUCAAGGGUUACAUAAUAGGAAAUGGAGUAUGCGACUUCCAUAUUGAUGGAACACCUUCCUAUCUAUCUUUUGCCCAUGGGAUGGCCCUAAUUUCGGACCAACUUUAUAAGCAAGCUCAAGCUUGCAUGGGCCACGUUAGUGGCAAUGACAAAUGCGAAAUGGUCUGGCUGAAGAUUAACAAGGUGUUGGCGGGGUUGAACGAAUACGCCAUUUUAGAACCGUGUUAUCAUGGUUACAAGUCCGAAGAAACAAACUCGAGUUUCCUUGAGCUCGGUAGGGCAUGGCCUAAUCGAGCUCGUGUUCGUGAUGGUAAAGUUCCGACAUGGAGAGAAUCGGCUCAAUCGCGUUUUCACUAUGGAGUGAAAAUCCCAUGCUUUGAUGAUGAGGUAGCAACUACAUAUCUUAAUGAUGUAAGAGUUAGAAAGGCUAUUCAUGCUAGUCCUGAAGUUCAAAGUUGGAAUUUAUGUGUUGGAAUGGAUUACGAGGCUGAUUUAGGGAGCAUGGUCCCUUACCAUAAGGACCUAACCUCCAAAGGAUAUUACGCACUCAUUUACAGUGGUGAUCAUGACAUGAACGUUCCGUUCAUCGGAACCCAACAAUGGACGGCGGCGCUAGGUUACGAAAUCGUAGAGGAAUGGAGACCUUGGUUUACAGAUGGCCAAGUUGCUGGGUUCUUACAAAGUUACGCCAAUAAUUUGACGUUCCUUACCGUAAAGGGAGCCGGUCACACGGUUCCGACAUACAAGCCCGGGGAGUGCUUGCAUUUCUAUGAUAGUUGGCUUCAAUGGAAGAAAAUUUGAGUUCGGAUUAGUAUAACUCAAUUGUAUUUAAUUUACAAGGAAUAAUUUUCUGAAGUCAAGAUCUUUCUUCGGAAUUUUCAUUUACAACUAAUUGCGACGAAUUUGUGUUUGGAUCGAUGUUAUUUUAAUUUUUGAGGUGUACAUGCAUGCUAUUCGAACU